GGACUGCAGUGACAGCCGCCGGCGGAGCGGCCCGGGUAGCGGAGGAGAAUUCGACCUAGGGCACCACCAGCACAGGACCAUGCAAGCCCACGAAUUGUUCCGGUAUUUUCGAAUGCCAGAGCUGGUUGACAUCCGGCAGUACGUGCGCACCCUUCCGACCAACACACUUAUGGGCUUUGGAGCGUUUGCAGCCAUCACAACUUUCUGGUAUGCCACGAGGCCCAAAGCCCUGAAACCACCAUGUGACCUCUCCAUGCAGUCAGUGGAAGUGCCGGGUAGUGAUGGUGCUCGAAGGUCCGCACUUCUUGACAGUGAUGAGCCUUUGGUGUACUUCUAUGAUGACGUCAGGACGCUAUACGAAGGUUUCCAGAGGGGCAUUCAGGUGUCAAAUGAUGGCCCUUGUUUAGGCUCUCGGAAGCCAGACCAACCCUAUGAGUGGCUUUCCUAUAAACAGGUGGCAGAAAUGGCAGAGUGCAUAGGCUCGGCGCUGCUCCACAAGGGAUUCAAGCCCUCUCCAGACCAGUUCAUUGGCAUCUUUGCUCAAAAUAGACCUGAGUGGGUGAUUAUUGAACAGGGAUGCUUCACUUACUCGAUGGUGGUCGUUCCCCUUUACGAUACCCUUGGAGCUGAAGCCAUCACGUACAUAGUCAACAAAGCUGAGCUCUCUCUGGUUUUUGCUGACAAGCCAGACAAGGCCAAACUCUUACUGGAGGGUGUAGAAAAUAAGUUGACACCAGGCCUUAAAAUCAUAGUUCUCAUGGACACCUUUGGCAGCGAUUUGGUGGAACGAGGCAAGAAGUGUGGCGUGGAAGUCAUUAGCAUGAAGGCAAUGGAGGACCUCGGAAGAGCCAACAAAAGGAAACCCAAGCCUCCAGCGCCUGAAGAUCUUGCAGUAAUUUGUUUCACAAGUGGAACUACAGGCAACCCCAAAGGAGCAAUGAUCACUCACCAGAAUGUCGUGUGCGACUGUUCAGCUUUUGUGAAAGUGACGGAGAACGCAGUCACUCCUUCCACAGAUGAUACUCUGAUCUCUUUUUUGCCUCUCGCCCAUAUGUUUGAGAGAGUUGUAGAGUGUGUAAUGCUGUGCCAUGGAGCUAAAAUAGGAUUUUUCCAAGGAGACAUCAGGCUACUUAUGGACGACCUCAAGGUGCUUCAGCCCACUAUCUUUCCCGUGGUUCCGAGACUGCUGAACCGGAUGUUUGACCGAAUUUUUGCACAAGCAAACACCACACUGAAGCGAUGGCUGUUGGACUUUGCCUCCAAGAGAAAAGAAGCAGAACUUCGCAGCGGCAUCAUUAGAAACAACAGCCUGUGGGAUAAACUCAUCUUCCACAAAAUACAGUCGAGCCUGGGCGGGAAAGUCCGGUUGAUGGUCACAGGAGCUGCACCCGUGUCCGCCACCGUGCUGACGUUUCUGAGAGCAGCCCUCGGCUGCCAGUUCUACGAAGGCUAUGGACAGACUGAGUGCACGGCCGGCUGCUCUCUCAGUGUGCCUGGAGACUGGACAGCAGGCCAUGUCGGUGCCCCCAUGCCUUGCAAUUUUAUAAAACUUGUUGAUGUGGAAGAAAUGAACUACUUGGCUGCCAAGGGCGAGGGCGAGGUGUGUGUGAAAGGGCCAAAUGUAUUUAAGGGCUACUUGAAGGACCCAGCAAAAACGGCCGAAGCUUUGGAUAAGGAUGGCUGGCUGCACACAGGAGACAUUGGAAAGUGGCUGCCAAAUGGCACACUGAAGAUUAUUGACAGGAAAAAACACAUAUUUAAACUGGCACAAGGAGAAUACAUAGCACCUGAGAAGAUUGAAAACGUUUACCUGCGAAGUGAACCUGUUGCUCAGGUGUUUGUCCAUGGAGAAAGCUUGCAGGCCUUUCUCAUAGCAAUUGUGGUACCAGAUGUUGAGAUACUGUGUUCCUGGGCCCGAAAGAAAGGCUUUGACGGCACCUUUGAGGAACUGUGCAGAAAUAAGGACGUCAAAAAAGCUAUCCUAGACGACAUGGUGAGACUUGGGAAAGAUUCCGGUCUAAAACCAUUUGAACAGGUCAAGGGCAUUACUCUGCACCCUGAAUUAUUUUCUGUCAACAAUGGCCUUCUGACCCCAACGAUGAAGGCGAAAAGGCCAGAGCUCCGGAACUAUUUCAGGUCACAGAUAGAUGAACUGUACGCCACCAUCAAGGUUUAACGGGAGGCAGAGAGCUCGGAAGAAACGGCGCACCGCCACAGUCCCUUCUUCUCUGAUGGCCUUCACGUUGGUAUUUGACUGCAGCGAGCUUAGGGAAGGAAAUGCCCAUGUUUGACUUGUCCGUGCGGGGUCUUGUCAUAGGAAUAUUAGAGGAAAUGGAACACUGCCUUACAGUCACCUGGCGUCGCAGACCAUGUUCAUGGUGAAACACAAUUUCCAAAAUGAGCCUUAAAAAUUGUAAAGGGGAAAUUUAUAAAAGUGCUAAGUUAUUUAAGACUUCCUCAGUUAAUAAUAAGGUGGGUGUUAAAACUUCUUGUCUCCCUGUUUUUCUAACCAAGGGGUUAGGACUGUGCUGUUUUCUGAGAUGUCUGCUACUUGCUGCAAAAUCCUGCGGCUGUCUGCUGCUCUGGCUAGUGCAGUGCACUGGGGGGAAGUUGUCCCCUUAAGAACUAGAGCAACUGUCCUGGCUGGAGAAGGUCACAAGUGGACCAGAGAUUUCGUCUUCAUUUCUUUUUCUUUUUUUUUUUUUUUUUUUUUUUUUAAUCCCUGCCACCUUCCCUUACCCAUCUCUCACAACCCUUCCGAUUUCUAAGGGUUCACAACAGUUCCCCUGUUGAUCCUGCUGGGACAUAAAUUUCUCAGUAAACCAAAGGACAGAUCCACUUCAGAACAUUGUGGGUGCUGAGUCUUGGAAGAAGGGUGGCUUGUCAGAGCAAAAUGGCUUCUCACUCGCACAGCAGGAUUCUUCUGGACUACUCCAGAUCUGGUUCCCUCCCUCCAUCCUUCCCAGGGGUUAUUAAAGAAAAAAAAAAAAAUCUGCCUUAGACUCUACAGUGAAGACAGCAUUUCAAGAAAGAAUCACCUGGAUCUACCACGCUCAACUGUGAUGCCUGAAUAACUCUCUACUUGAUCCUUACUGAACUACUCACUGUUUGUAAUGGCCAAGGGUUUUUAAUGUGGUUUUCCUAUCAAAUGUUGAUGUAGUGAUUCAGUCGCUUCCCCUGCCCCCAAAAUGAACUCUCAGGCAAAACGUGUCUGCAAAAAUAUUAAGGGAGUAUAUACGCUUGGGUACUUAUUGAAACGGACCGUAAUAAGCGAAUGUUCUUAUAUGGUAAUACUACCUGACCUCUAGGAAAUGGAUUUGACAAGCCAAAAUUCUGGGAUGUAGAAAUAUGGGGGGGAAAAAAAAAGAUCACUUCCUGGUUUUAACUUCUCGAGGAUUUUUUUUUUUUAAAGUUAAUUUGGGAAAUUAACAGCAUUUCGCUUUAUUGACCGUCUUUGCCACAUUUGACCGAAUCGAGCCGUCGUUUAUACAUUUAAAGCCACUGUUGUUGGAUAUGUGAGAGUACAUGUAUUAUACAAGCACAACAGGGUUUGCACUAAAGAAUUGUCAUUGUAAUAACACUAUUUGGUAGCCUAACUUCAUAUGUGUGUUCUUAAUUGCACAAAAAAAAAAUCAAUAAUUUGUCACACUGGAGUUUUGAAUGUUUGCUUUACGUGUUGGCUAUUUCUAUGUUUUAUAAACCAAAAACAGAAUUUCCAAAAAACAAUGAAGGAAACCAAAAUAAAUAUUUCUGCAUUUCAA